GCAACGUAUUUCACAAUAUAGUGAGCCACACAGCGCGACAAGACUAAGAGUCAUUUAAUUGCAAGGGAACAGUUGUAGGAAGGAUCGUUACAGCGAUGAAGACGUGGGCGUACUGGACGCUGCUGCUGCUGCUGUGGAGCUCGGUAUGCAGCGGCCAGAGAGCAACAACGGUCCCAACACUUGGCACUACCACCGAUAAUACUAGUACAACCUGGAGCGCCACAACUAUUAAUGGUACGUGGGAGUCGACAACGGAAAACGUAACCGUGUCGCACAUGUUCACCACCGAUACACCAUCUUCCGCUACUACUACACCCAUGCCGAUAACCGCAGCGACUGUUACAACGGUCGGCACCACCUAUAACACAACAGAGGGGUUGACGACCGUUUCCAAUACAACGUAUCUUAUGAUUACAUAUACGACGUUAAAUACAACUGGAACAAUAACCCUUGAUACAUCUGGAACAGCAAUACCGACAGCAUCGUCUAAUACAACAGGAACAGUGAUCCCGACUACAACUGGAGCUACAACCCCGAAUAUAACGACCUCUUCAACUGUAGUAACAACCCCAAAUAUAACGUCCCCUAAAACUGUAGCAAUAACCCCGACUAUAACGACCUCUUCAACUUUAGCAACAACCCCGAAUGUAACGUCCAAUACAACUGGAGCUACAACCCCGAAUAUAACGUCCCCUACAACUGUAGCAACAACCCCGACUAUAACGACCUCUUCAACUUUAGCAACAACCCCGAAUGUAACGUCCAAUACAACUGGAGCUACAACCCCGAAUAUAACGUCCCCUACAACUGUAGCAACAACCCCGACUAUAACGACCUCUUCAACUGGAGCUACAACCCCGAAUGUAACGUCCAAUACAACUGGAGCUACAACUCCGAAUAUAACGUCCCCUACAACUGUAGCAACAACCUCGAAUAUAACGACCUCUUCAACUUUAGCAACAACCCCGAAUGUAACGUCCGAUACAACUGGAGCUACAACCCCGAAUAUAACGUUCCCUACAACUGUAGCAACAACCCUGACUAUAACGACCUCUUCAACUGUAGCAACAACCCCAAAUAUAACGUCCCCUACAACUGUAGCAACAACCCCUAAUGUAACGUCCAAUACAACUGGAGCUACAACCUCGAAUGUAACGUCCAAUACAACUGGAGCUACAACUCCGACUAUAACGCCCCCAACAACUGGAGCUACAACCCCGACUAUAACGCCCCCAACAACUGGAGAUACAGCCUCGACUAUAACGCCCCCAACAACUGGAGAUACAACUCCGACUAUAACGCCCCCAACAACUGGAGAUACAACUCCGACUAUAACGCCCCCAACAACUGGAGAUACAGCCUCGACUAUAACGCCCCCAACAACUGGAGAUACAACUCCGACUAUAACGCCCCCAACAACUGGGGCUACAACUCCGACUAUAACGUCCCCUACAACUGGAGCUACAACUUCAACAACUCCCACUACAACAGUAGCCACGUUUACAACGCCUACCGUACCUGGGACAGCAACACUGAGUAUAACGUCCACUACGCUUGGAACACCAACCCCAACAACACAUACGGCAACAACGGCAAAUACUUCCAACCCCUUCAUUACACCUGUAAACGGCCCAUCCAACACAAGUACUGAGAAUGAGACUACCGACGUAAACAGCAACACCCUCUUCACAGCCAGUGCCCUGACCACUUCAAUGACAAACAUAACCUCAGGCCCCAGCGGUCUGACGGGAGGACAGAUUGCCGGCAUCGCCAUCGGAGCUGUCCUGGGGGUCUCUCUCAUCGUGGGAGGGAUCGGCUUCGUGACUUCCUUCUUCAGCAAGAAAAGUCGACUUGUGGUGCCUGCCGUGGAAAUGGAGGAACAAAGGAACCACCGCGUCCGACGAACCGCGUUUGGCAGCCAAGAAGAUAUAUCUACCGUGCGCAGUGGGACAACCUAGCAGUAAAUAACUACCAUAUGUAGGGUAGGCUUCUAAUGUAUUCGAUCACUUUGUGACAAAUAUGCAUUCAGUGAGUACUGCAGAUAUCUUUCCAAAGUCAGUUCUGUCAGAACUUCGCGUUAAAAAUGUUCCGAAACGUCGAGCAGGUUAUGUUUGUAGAAUAUACAAUCUCUGAACACAAUCACAGUUUGGGUGCCUAUAUUUGGACCAUGAAAGCUCUGGUAUCGACGAGGGUCACUCAUAAAGGCAUGGUUGCAUUCGUCAUAUUGCAUAUGUCGUUCUACGAUUCUGAUGCCGUAGUAUUUUCAAGCAAUCUGUAAUAGAACCAAGAAAGCUUUAUGGCAGCGUUUUUCGAACAACAUAACUGAGUUUUGUACGACAGUCGUACCCUCAGUUUGUGAUCGUACAACGAUUGUACGAAGAUCGUACGACAAAUGCGAUCGUGUCCUAACCAGCUGACUCAGAGACUCGUGAACCAUGUUGUUCAGCCAGAGCUAGAAAUGUCUGAAUCACGAAUCCCGGACCUAGUAUUUGAACAGUGUUGUUGUCACGGAUGGUUAUCUACAAAGUAAAUUUUGCAACGUUAGUCCAUCCAAAAUGUAUAAUAACUUAAAGCUAUUCCAUUGUGCAUUAGUUCAGUAGCUUUGCAGCCUCGCUAAUGAUAGGAUUAUUGCAAACGCAUGGCCAAGAGCAAAUGCAUUAACAUAGAUACAUGUAUUAAUUGAUUUCAAUAGUAGAGAAUUGGUUUCGUAUGGUCAGGAACAGUUAGAAGAAAAUUUAUUUUUUCUUCAAAAUGUAUCAGCAAUAGAAUGCAUUUCGCAGAUUAGCACCUUGUUCUGUUUAAACGGAUAUGAUAUCUGAUGUCAAUAAAAUUGUGCAUGGUCAUUACAGCCGCAAUAUUUGUACGCUUACGCCGUACCAACCGGCGAUCUUUAUUUUGUAAUUAUUGAUUUUACACACCCUAUUGACAAGCACUAAGUCAGACGCAGGUGACCUGUUACCUGUGCUGCCCGGUUGAGUUGACAGGUCAGGUCAGGAUCCGCUUCACCUGGUCUGUUCCUGCGGCAAUCGAUGAUGUGAUCGAUACGCUGAUGUCAUGUGUGAGUAGCCUGGAUGUCAGCAUUUCUAGCUUUAGUACGCUCUCUCGGUCACUUCCCAGGCAAAAAGACUGGACCCGCACAUAUUCUGUCCUUCUGCCAUUUGAAUAUUUGUUCAAAAGUUAAAUAGGUCUAGACGCGCUGAUUGGUCAAACCGGAGUGACUGGGCCGUGGCGAUAUGGGUCAUCCAGUCAGCACUGCUCUGAGAGCCCAACACCCAGUGCAUAAUGGUUGAAUUAGCUCCACUGUUUUGGGCGCACAGAGAAGCGACCGAUCAUGAGAGAGCGAACUGGAGCUACAUAGAUGACAUCCUGGCUAACAUGUCAGUAAUUCUAUCAUGCAAAUAUGCUGGCCUCAGUCAUCUCCUGAAACGACUUUAAUUAAUAUUGAUGAAAUAGAAUGUCGUGAUUCCUGGCCAUAAAAACACAACUACAUCCUCUAUGAAUGCCUUAUUGAACCAUUUUCUAGAUUAUGGUUUGUACUGUUGUACACAUCUAGAUGCGUGUUUGCUAUAACGAAGCAAAUUAUAUAUGAUCCAUGGCGUGUAACAGUAUCGCUAGAAAAUAAACA